AUGCAAAAGGCAACCUACUACGACAGCUCUGCAAUUUACAGUGGCUACCCAUAUCAAAGCGCAAAUGGCUUCAGUUAUGAUGCCAAUCAGGUCCAAUAUCCCCGCGCCUCUCAUGUGGAAAGUGAGUACCAUCGACCUGCCUGCUCCCUGCAGUCUCCUGACGGCUCCGUGGCUCUGCAGAAACCGGGGGAGAUGGCGGAGAGCUGCGACAGGACCACAGCCGUUCAGGCGGCGCAGUCUAAGGUUCAUCCCGAAAGCAAUCAACCGCAGGUGCCGGUGUCAGGCCCACCCCCUCCCUCACAGUCCCCCGGUGCUAUCAGCCAUAACACGAGCAACGGGUCCAGCCAGCCCAGUGCAAAGAACGGCUCCCCAACCUCCAACACCCGCAGCAAACAGAUCUUCCCCUGGAUGAAGGAGUCCCGUCAGAACACCAAGCAGAAACCCACCAGUAGCUCCAGUUCAGGUACUUUACACCUUAACACCACUUAAUGCUCACACACACUAACACACACACACACUGACACAAACACACACACAUACACAUCCAGAUAGCCUCUCACCAGUUAAAUAAGUUUUGUUUAGGGAGCUUACAGUGAAUUAAGGGUGAAGGUGGUAAGGUAAGGAGAUAGGAAGAAGAGGAGACCUGGAGAAUGUUUAUUAUUUAUACCAAAACCAAAUCACCACGACGUGCAGUCAACCAAGGGUAUUUUUGCUGUUAUACUGUGCCAUCUUCAUUUGACUCCAUUCUACAUGAUAUCUCCUUAUUAUAGGCCAUUAUUUUCUUAAUUACAUAUUACUGCGGGAAAAAAUGAAUACAGAUUAUUCUUUAACGCUUUAAUUCGCAACAUAUACACCACAAAACACAAAUGACCCUUUACAGAUGAAGAUUGGAGGCUGCGGAGAAACAUUUGCCAGAAGUAGAUCCUACCAUUUGUCGUCCCUGUGCCCUGCAGUUGACCUGCCCCUACUGUAAACACGCAUCUCCACUGAUCACACAAUGUUCCCACAGAGACAACAAACAAACACGCACAACAGUUGUUUCAGUUUGUCCUGAUGUUUUGAUUAGAGGGGGACUUGGUGGGACGGUGUGAGGGGGUGUUGUGCUUUAGGGUCUCGUAUUUACCAAGAGUCAGUCUCCAAACCAGAAGGUGCUCAUCUUCCCAUGGCCGUCGCAUUCACUGCAUUGUGUGUGUAAUACUUUCUAAAAAAUAUUUUGCUGGAAUAAAUCAUUUUGAUUUAUGUGUCAUUUUAUAAAUAUCUAUGUGUUAUGGUAAGAAGAAAAUCCAGUGAUUUGAGGAUUUUCAGUUCCGUAAACUCAAUAUGAAAUUAAAUAUGUCACCAUCGAGGAGCUCUCAUCACAAUGUUAAAUCUUGUUUAUUUUUUAGUGUAGUUAUAGUUAGUUUUCUAUAGUGAAAGUUGAAAAUACAAAGCAAUAUGGCGUCUUAUAUGUUUUAUAAUCAUAAUUAUUAAUGUCAGGAAAAGAUUUUCAGGAUGAGUGCGUUUGGAGACGCUUUUACGCAUGUUUUACGCACAAAUCCAGACUAGAUUCUACAGUUAAAUUGUGAAGGAACUAUAGUUUAUUCUAUUACCAAGAAAACUAAAAAGGUCAUAGAUGUUAAAACAUCAGUAACGUAUAUACUCAAAGAAAAUGUGACAACAGAGACUAAAUUUCGUAAAAGUACAAAAUAUGCCAUUUUACGCACGGCCAACAAUAUCAAGCCAGGUCCUUCCUUUUUUAAACCUUCGAGUUAGUAUGAAGGUAAUUAUUCUCCCAGAUGUUAAUGAACAUCCUUAGUUUAAAUAUCAGUGACGCUCAUCUCAUCUCGUCUUGACUUUCUUAUUUGUUAAUCCUGAUAUCCUUAAUCCUCAAUAAUCUUCCACAGUCCUAAAUCUUCUCUUCUGCCUUAUGAAGUAAGCACACAAAGCAAAUGUGGUCCUUCGUUGUAAUUUAUGCUUGGUGACUUUUAUUGGUUUAAAUGACGCGUAAUAAAGCUGUUUUAUAUGAAGGAAAAAAAGCUUUUUACGCACAUUUUACGCACAACCAUAAAACAACAACUCAGUACUCAACUAACGUUACUCUGAGUCUCAGUUGGACGAAUCUAUCCACAGGACUUCUGAAAAUAAAUUAAAUAAUCAAACAGUAAUAAUCGUUGUCAUAAAUGAUUGCUGUACAUACAUGGGUGUUCCUCUUCCCCCCUCUUAACCUCUCUUUCAUGUCUGUAAUAAUCUAAUGGCUCAGGUAACGCCAUGCUUCAUUCCCUUUGCUCCAUGUUUGGAUGACAGGUAGUAAAAUUUAUUAAGUGUUGGCCACGUGCCACAGCAGUUAGUAGACCAACGCCUUGCUGCUCUGCAUCCAUACUCCAGCCUCAUAUAGGGAGAGGCUUAUCAGAGAGGGAGAGGCGAGCAGCUUUAGACACCCUGAGGAAUACAUAAUGCUUUGGUUUGCAUUACGCAUACACUACUCUGUGACUACGUGGGAAGAUGGGGGUCAAAGUGUUUUCGCAGGAAAUCUGAGGUUACCUGGUUUCACAUCAGAUACUGACCUACUAUUCUCCAGUUUUCAUCUAGUGUUAGAGUAGCGUGCGCAUGCGCAGUGUGCAUACAUUGCUUGUUAAUUGUUGUAUGUAACCCUUAUGAUAACCCCCGUGCUCUACAGUAGGCGAAACAUUUAUCAACAUUUGAUGUUUGCAUCACGUGGAGGCGUGUUCGUGCACGCGCGUGCGUGAACGCAGAGGAGGAGGGGGAGAGAGAAAGAGUCGAUGAUAAAGCCCCUAUUUAAGUAGUGGAGCAGGGCUUAUUUAUCUAGUAUACUGUUUGCUUAGGAUCCCCACCCCCCGUGAUGGUUUAAAGUUGUUAUCAGCUGUGUGAGUGUUGUCACACGGUUUAGCUUUCACUCUCACUCUACUCUCUCUGUACUCCCCCAUUCCCCUCUCUCAAUCUCUCCCUCUCUCUCUCUACCGCUCUCCCUCUCUCUCUCUCUUACACCUCUUCUCCUGUCUGUAAUGGAUUACUGACUGACACCCUCCUCUCCUCCUCCCUGACAGUGGAGAGUUGCCCCGGAGACAAGAGUCCUCCGGGGUCAGCAGCAUCGAAGAGGGCCCGGACAGCUUACACCAGCGCGCAGCUAGUGGAACUGGAGAAGGAGUUCCACUUCAACCGGUACCUCUGCAGGCCCCGGAGGGUGGAGAUGGCCAACCUGCUCAACCUCACUGAGAGACAGAUCAAGAUCUGGUUCCAGAAUCGCAGGAUGAAAUACAAGAAGGAUCAGAAAGGCGUCGGGAUGAUGCCUUCCCCUGGUGGACAGUCUCCUCGGAGUCCUGUGGGCCCUGCCUCUGGUGGUGGGGGCGGUGGAGGAGGAGGCGGAGGAUACCUCAACUCUAUGCAUUCUCUUGUAAACAGUGUACCUUAUGACUCCCAGUCGCCGACGUCUUACAACAAACCUCAUCAAAAUGCGUACGGUAUGGCCACGUCAUAUCCCCCUUCUUUGAACAACUGCCCGCCCUCCCAGAAGAGGUAUCCCGGGACCGACUCGGCCACGCCCGAGUAUGACGCGCACCCUCUCCAAGGCAAUGGCAACUACGGGACGCACAUACAGGGCAGCCCUGUUUAUGUCGGCGGAGGUUACAUGGAUUCAAUGCCCAAUACGGGGACCUCCGUUUUCGGUCUGACCCACCUCCCGCACCCGCCGUCCGCAAACAUGGACUACAACGGAGCAAUCACAAUGGGCAACAGUCAGCAUCACGGAGUGUGUGAUCCCACACCGACAUACACAGACCUAACGCCGCACUACUCUCAGGGAAGAAUCCAGGAAGCGCCCAAACUGACGCAUCUGUAG